CUUCGGAGGCGCGCGUCUGUGCCACAGUGCGCUCUCAGCCGCUGAAGCGCAGUGUUACAAUGAGCUUCUCCAUCCCACCGGCUAAUACCCACCCACACUGCCGUACUCCGAUAAGCAGCAUCAAAACCGCCCACCACCUCACAACCACCGCCUGGCCCCAGGAUGCCCGGGGGAAAGAGAGGGCUUGUGGCACCGCAGAAUACUUUUUUGGAAAACAUUGUCCGGCGCUCAAGUGAGACCAGCUUCCUCCUGGGGAACGCCCAGAUCGUGGAGUGGCCUGUAGUCUACAGUAAUGACGGAUUCUGCAAGCUCUCUGGGUUCCACAGGGCUGAGGUUAUGCAAAAGAGCAGCACUUGCAGUUUUAUGUAUGGAGAGCUGACGGACAAGAAGACAAUAGACAAAGUCAGAGAGACAUUUGAUAAUUAUGAGUCCAACUGCUUUGAGGUCUUGCUAUACAGGAAGAACAGGGCGCCAGUGUGGUUCUAUAUGCAGGUGGCCCCCAUCAGGAAUGAGAAUGACAAAGUGGUUCUCUUCCUGUGCACCUUCAAAGACAUCACUGUCUUCAAGCAGCCCAUCGAGGACGAGUCCACUAAGGGUAAGGACGAGUCCACUUCGGGAUGGACCAAGUUUGCGCGGCUGACACGGGCACUGACACAUAAUAACCGCAACACCAGCCACCAUACCACACCACAGCAGCUCACUCCUAUGAGCAGCCACGAGGUCAGCCAACCCAAGCAAUCCCGUCUGGCAGAGGUUCUCCAGCUAGGCUCAGACAUCCUCCCCCAGUACAAACAGGAGGCUCCUAAGACUCCCCCUCACAUCAUCCUCCACUACUGCACCUUCAAGACCACCUGGGACUGGGUCAUCCUCGUCCUCACCUUCUACACGGCCAUCAUGGUGCCCUACAACGUGUCCUUCAAGACCAAGCAGAACAACAUCGUAUGGCUGGUGCUGGACAGUGUGGUGGAUGUCAUCUUCCUGGUGGACAUCGUACUCAACUUCCACACCACCUUCGUGGGGCCCGGUGGGGAGGUCAUCUCAGACCCCAAGCUGAUCAGGAUGAACUACCUGAAGACCUGGUUCGUCAUCGACCUGCUGUCCUGCCUGCCCUAUGACAUCAUCAAUGCCUUUGAGAAUGUGGAUGAGGGUAUUAGCAGUCUGUUCAGCUCUCUGAAGGUGGUGCGUCUGCUGCGUCUGGGCCGGGUGGCCCGUAAACUGGACCACUAUCUGGAAUAUGGAGCAGCUGUAUUGGUCCUACUGGUGUGUGUGUUUGGCCUGGUGGCUCACUGGCUGGCCUGCAUCUGGUACAGCAUUGGCGACUACGAGGUCAUUGACGAGGUCACCAACACUAUCAAGACGGACAGCUGGCUCUACCAGUUAGCUAUCAACCUCGGCUCGCCUUAUUGCUUCAAUGCCAGCGGCUCAGGCCAAUGGGAGGGUGGCCCCGGAAAAGACUCUCUGUACAUCACGUCUCUUUACUUCACCAUGACCAGCCUGACCACCAUCGGGUUCGGCAACAUUGCCCCCACCACGGAUGGAGAGAAGAUCUUCUCUGUGGCCAUGAUGAUGGUGGGCUCUCUCCUGUAUGCCACCAUCUUUGGAAAUGUGACCACCAUCUUCCAGCAGAUGUACGCCAACACCAACCGCUACCACGAGAUGCUGAACAACGUGAGGGACUUCCUCAAGCUCUACCAGGUGCCCAAUGGGCUGAGUGAGAGGGUGAUGGACUACAUUGUCUCUACAUGGUCCAUGUCCAAGGGCAUCGACACUGAGAAGGUGCUGUCUAUCUGUCCUAAAGACAUGCGAGCAGACAUCUGUGUUCACCUGAACCGGAAGGUGUUCAAUGAGCACCCUGCGUUCCGCCUGGCCAGUGACGGCUGCCUGCGCUCGCUAGCCGGGGAGUUCCAGACCAUCCACUGCGCCCCCGGGGACCUCAUCUUCCAUGCUGGGGAGAGCGUCGACACACUCUGCUUUGUGGUGUCAGGGUCACUGGAGGUCAUCCAGGACGAUGAGGUCAUCGCUAUUCUAGGUAAAGGAGAUGUGUUUGGAGAUGUGUUCUGGAAAGAGACCACUCUUGCACACGCGUGUGCUAACGUGCGGGCGCUGACGUACUGCGACCUGCACGUCAUCAAGAGAGAGGCACUGCACAAAGUUCUGGAGUUCUACACAGCCUUUGCGAACUCCUUCUCACGCAACCUUAUCCUCACCUGCAACCUACGCAAGCGGGUCAUUUUUCGUAAGAUCAGUGACGUGAAGAAGGAGGAGGAGGAGCGCCAGCGUCAGAAGAACGAGGUUCAGCUGACCAUCCCCCAGGACCAUCCAGUCAGGAAGCUCUUCCAGAAGUUCAAGCAGCAGAAGGAGCUGCAGAGGAAUCAGGGGGCGUCCUCCCAGCUGGACCUGGAGAAGAACCAGCUCCAAGUGGAGCACCACCUUCACCCCAUCCCCCACAGCCUGCAGCUGUCCCACUCCAGCCUGCAGCACUCCCUGCCCCUCAACAUCCAGCGGCCCGGGCCCAACUCCUCCCUGCAGGGGCUCCAGAACGGGGCUCCCCAUACGGGCUGCAGCAGCAGUGUGCUCACCGUGUCCCAGGCCACGCCCAUGCAUUCUAGUCCUGCCAUGGGGGAGCCGCCUCCAGUCCGGCUCAAGUUGAGCAGCAGCCCUGCUCUGGUAAAGCCUCCUGCUGCCAGGGGCUGGGGGCGCCUCAAAAACGUGGCUGCCCCACCUCCCGUGGUCAGGAAGGAGGGACUGAACAAUGUAGCUAAAGCCGUUUCUGUGGAGAUGCUGUCUCAGAAGGGCAGGGGUCAGGAGGCGGGGCUCAGAGGAGGAGAGGGAGAGGACAACCGCCUCCAUAAGACAGACUCCUGCGACAGUGGCAUCACUAAGAGUGAGCUGCGUAUAGACAGGGCCGGGGAGGCCCCCCUGCCACACCCGUUCGGCCCCAUCCCAGAGCAGGCCCUGCAGGCUGCGCUGCAGGAGACCCGGCUGGAGCUCCGGGGGGACCUCCAGAUUCUGGGGGGCCGGCUGGGGGUCCUGGAGAAACAGGUGGCUCAGAUCUUCAAACUGCUGACCUCUACAGAGAAGAGGAGGCCGUCUCUACCUCUGGCCGCCACCCCCAAAACCAAAACCAAACGUCAGGACAUCUUCACUGUCUCCAGACCCGUUUCUCCUGACUUAGUGGACGAUGACGGGCACAUCUGAACAGGACAUAACACCACUGUUCGACGGACCUUAACAUUUGCACACAAACUUUUAACUCAUGUCCAUCAUGAGACCUUUCUUGAUUGUAAAUAUUUCUCUAUGCAUGUCCAGCUGGAUUCUGGCUUGCCAAAGAAACUAACAGUCUAUUCAGGGGCGCAACUUUGGUUUUAGAAGUGGGGGGGACAUAACCUGGCAGUGGGUCUGGGAGCACCUCUGAAUUUUGGGGGGCAUCUAAAGCUCAUUUCCUGCAUUUCUACUAGGGCUGUUCCCGAUAACAAACAAAUAUUGGUUGAUCAAGAGUAGUCUUUUAUUUCGACCAAUCAAUUUGGUUGAAAUGUUUAAACAUGUAUUUUUACGCAUAUAGACUCACCCUAUGUGUUCUAAUAAAAUCAACUAGGCUAUAAGUACUGAAAUUGUCUGAUACUUUGAGCACGCUGUUUGAUUAAAUAAUUACGACACGCAAAUGACUCAAUAGGGAGCCAGAGAUCAAGAUAGCCUAACCAGAAGAAAAAAAUAUUUUUCCAACCCUCUUCUCGUUGCUGCUGGCCUUCGCAGAUUCUGCUUUUAUAGUCCUGAAGUUGCUGGUAAUAGGCUACACCAGCGGUCGGCAACCUUUUCCAUUUGAAGUGCAAGUUUAUGAUACCAUUUCUACCAAUCUGCGUGACUGUUAUGAUUUUUAUAUGCACAUUUUCGUGGAACAGUUUCAUUUAAUUUAUAAUAGGCUUUGUAUCUCAAAAUAUUUGUUUGUGGUUAAUCUACAGUCUAUCUAAAUCUAAAUAAAAAUGAUACAUAUCUAAAAGUAACUUUUAUUGCCAUUGCCAACUAUGUAAAAAUAGCCUAUUUAAAGCCAACACGUAAAAACAUUGCAGCCUGCAGGUAGAAAAUAUCCGGAUAAAAAUAAAUAUCCUGUAAAUCACAUUGGCUACGUAUGGCCUGUCUAUCAACUGGGUCGCCUGAAACAAUUCGCACUAGCAAACUUGAAACAUUGUGUAAAAUAUUCUGGGCCCUCAGAUUUUCCAGUGCCAGUGAGCUCGGGACAGACACAGCUGUACGCUAUUUGUGCAAGGGAUAAGAAGUAAUUUGUUGAUGUUUCCACUGGACCAGAGCAUUACAUUUUUCCUUUUCAUGCUGAGAAAGGGAGAGAGCUGGAAAUAUUGUUCAAAUACUUACAGGAACUAUUGUCAUUAUCAGUUGAUUCUAAAAACAGACUUUGUUUACUUGCUGUUUGUUUGUGGUGAAGAAAAAUGACUUUGAGAAUCUCCACAGCCCAUUAGUGGUGGUGAAUUAGGACAAUCAGAAAUACUAUCAGACAUCCCCAUGUGGGCGCAUUUAUAGGCCUACAUUUGCUCGCAGGCCAGGUGGGUCAGAAUUUUACAUACACUCAAUUAGUAUUUGGUAGCAUUGCCUUUAAAUUGUUUAACUUGGGGCAAAUGUUUCGGGUAGCCUUCCACAAGUUUCCACAAUAAGUUGGCUGAAUUUUGGUCCAUUCCUCCUGACAGAGCUGGUGUAACUGAGUCAGGUUUAUAUGCCUCCUUGCUUGCACAUGCUUUUUCAGUUCUGCCCACAAAUUUUCUAUAGGGUUGAGGUCAGAGCUUUGUGAUGGCCACUCCAACACCUUGACUUUGUUGUCCUUAAGCCAUUUUGCCACAACUUUGGAAGUAUGCUUGGGGUCAUUGUCCAUUUGGAAGAUCCAUUUGCGACCAAGUUUAACUUCCUGACUGAUGUCUUGAGAUGUUGCUUCAAUAUAUCCACAUAAUUUUCCUGCCACAUGAUGCCAUCUAUUUUGUGAAGUGCACCAGUCUCUCCUGCAGCAAAGCACCCCCACAACAACAGCCACCCUCGUGCUUUACAGUUGGGAUGGUGUUUCCCUCGGCUUGCAAGCCCCCCCCCCCUUUUUCCUCCAAACAUAACGAUGGUCAUUAUGGCUAAACAGUUCUAUUUUUGUUUCAUCAGACCAGAGGACACAGAAAGUACGUUGCAAACCGUGGUCUAGCUUUUUUAUGGCGGUUUUGGAGCAGUGGCUUCUUCCUUGCUGAGCAGCCUUUCAGGUUAUGUCGAUAUAGGACUUCUUUUACUGUGGAUAUAGAUACUUUUGUACCCGUUUCCUCCAGCAUCUUCACAAAGUCCUUUGCUCUUGUUCUGUGUUUGAUUUGCACCUUCUCUCCAAAGUACGUUCAUCUCUAGGAGACAGAACCCGUCUCCUUCCUGAGCGGUAUGAUGGCUGCAUGGUCCCAUGGUGUUUAUACUUGCGUACUAUUGUUUGUACAGAUGAACGUGGUACCAUCAGGCGUUUGGAAAUUGCUCCCAAGGAUGAACCAGACUUUUGGAGGUCUACAAUUUUUUUUCCUGAGGUCUUGGCUGAUUUCUUUAGAUUUUCUCAUGAUGUCAAGCAAGGAGGCACUGAGUUUGAAGGUAGGCCUUGAAAUACAUCCACAGGUACACCUCCAAUUGAUUCAAAUUAGCCUAUCCGAAGCUUCUAAAGCCAUGACAUCAUUAUCUGGAAUUUUCAAAGCUGUUUAAAGGCACAGUCAAUUUAGUGUAUGUAAACUUCUGACCCACUGGAAUUGUGAUACAGUGAAUUAUAAGUGAAAUAAUCUGUCUGUAAACAAUUGUUGGAACAAUUACUUGUGUCAUGCACAAAGUAGAUGUCCUAACCGACUAGCCAAAACUAUAGUUUGUUAACAAGAAAUUUGUGGAGUGGUUGAAAAACGAGUUUUAAUGACUCCAACCUAAGUGUAUGUAAACUUCCGACUUCAAAUGUAUAAUGGGGAAUUGAGAGACACAGCAAACAAUGCACACAAAGUUAUGAAACAUUGAAUACCCCAGAAAGGGCGGAAGAGAAUGCAUUCUGGAGAAAGACGUGCCUUGUGCAUCAGAGCCACAAUCCCCAUAUUGUUGGACCGUAUAAUCCCUGUGGCCUCCUCAAUGGAUUAGUCCACUGAGACAGGCGCAAAUCAGACACGUGUCUUGUGUGCCAUAAUCUAUUUGCUACUGCUGGACUAAAAAAAAUCUCAUGUUUUCAAUACAGACCCCCUUUGUCAUACAGUAUUUCAUAUAAGACACCCAGACUUUAUGAAAGUUGCACAGUAUACACUUAAUCUUGUAAGAAAUCAAAUAUAUUGAUACAUAACUUGACAUUUCUGUCAUCCAUUGUGACAUUGUGGGAGGAUAACCAACCUUCCAAUUAAUGGCAAUGCAUUUCUUCGCUGCUAUAAAUGCUGAGUUUCACAGUUUCUUCUGAUAACAUUCUCCAGUAUCAACAUUUCCAAGCAAACAAAAACAGGGAGACGGGUGAAUCUGUAGACAUGCUGAGAUAAAAUAACAUUCUCUGACAGAAUUCAGCCAGCCUUCACAAGAUCAUAACAUAACAAAUAUGUUCCCUUUUGUGUUUUACACAUCCAGCAGAGGAAUUACAUUUCUGAGUGCUUGAUAUUCAGUUUCACUGGCAUAUAGUAUGUUCUAUGGAUGGUCUUAAACUGCAGUUAUUUAUGUCUGAGAUUAUAUGAACAUGACUGGGCAUUCAAACAUAUCUGUAUCCAUUCAUCAUCAUCAAUAGUGUUUCCCAGGUCUCCCUUCCCAGGUCUCCCUCACAUUUUUGUUUUGUGUCAUCAGGAAAAGCCUCUAUCAAACUUUGAUACAGUUUGGAAAUAAACUUGAAGUUUGUCAGACUGCCUUAAAAUAGUUUAAAUCUUUGAAGCUUCUG